UCCAAAUCCAAAAUCAUAAUGAAAUCACAAACAGUAAACCUCUAAAAAAAUGGUGACUUCUCAAUCGAAAUCAAACCCGUAUCAUCUCCACCCAAAUGUUGCGGAGUAAUUUCUGUAAUUGAUCGAAGAAAACAGUCGUAUUCUCCUACUCUGUGGCAGAAAUUAGGAAUGAGCCUUCAGUUCUAUGUUAGGGUUCAUGAAUUAGUUUGUUUUGGCUGUGUUUUGAGCUAUGAAGAAAAAAAGAAAAACGAAAUUAAAGCCAGUGUAGCGAAGAAUUUAGGGAAUGCAGAUGUUUUAAUUGAGCAAUGAGGAAUUACAGGUGAAAGUUGAUACAUUUUUGCACUCCUUUCUUAAAGGAUGCUUUGCCGGAUUAGCAAUAUGAGGCUGAGCCCACAUCGCUAUAUUAAAUGCGUCUAUUAUAAACCACGCCCAAGUUCAUCAGUUGCAGAAAGUGUGAAACAAUGGAGAGGUCCCUCACCGAGCUACCUCCAGAAAUUCUCUCAGACAUCCUCUCAAGGCUUCCCAUCACGAGGCUGCUUACAUGCAAAGCUGUAUGCAAAACCUUUCUUGAGACAACAUCCUCCAAUCCAUACUUCAACUCUCUGCUUUCAUCAAAAAUGGCCCUCUAUCUCAUAGUCCAGUUCGGAAACUCCAACCAUCCUACAGGGUCAGUUCAUUUGAUUGACUCUGGACUAGAUACUGCAUUUUUGUCGACUGAGAUGGCCGAAUUGAAACCUAUGUUUCAUAUUCCGGAUUAUCCUGGCAGGUAUCAUAAGAGUUACAAUAUGCAUGCUGGGGAUCAAAAUAAUUUUUGUUUGGUUAAUUCAUGUGAUGGAUUACUGUACUUUGCUGAACGAGAUUGUUGUGAGCGCUCAUUUGUUUGUAAUCCUGUAAUGGAAGACUAUCUAACUCUGCCUGAAGUUGUUAAGGAUAGGAAUCUGUUUCAGCUAACAAUGGGGUCAUGGUUUGGGUUUAGUGUGGGGGAUAAUCGAUAUAAAGUUUUGAGGAUUUUAACCACAGUAAUUGGUAGACCUCGGGAAUUUGGGUUCAAGCAGGUGUUUUCGGCUCAAGUUCUUGUGGUAGGGUCAUCUUCGUGGAGAGAUAUCGGAGAGCAGCCACCUUCCGAGCAUCUUACAUGGGAUACAUGCUUCAUUCUCUUGGAUGGAUCUGUUUAUUGGCUUUGCCAGUUUCCAGAGCUAUCAAAAUUCAUAGUCUAUUUUGAUUUCCAUCAAGAAAAAUUUGGGGAAAUUCCGUCUCCACCUGAACUCAGAAAUGGUUGGCGGAUAAAUCGACAUUAUGCAAGCAUGGGAGUCCUUGGAGGUUGUCUAUCUCUGGCUGUUAAUGUUCAGUCACUUGACAUAUGGGUUCUGCAGAGGUACGACAGUCAGGUGUCCUGGACCAGACAGUUUGUUAUUGAUACAUCGUUUCCUGUGGGGAAUCUUCUCGUUGAAGGCACGUUCAAGCCCCUGCAAGUUCUCGACAAUCGCUACGUAAUACUGAUGAUCUGGUCUGCCCUUGCCAUGGUGUGCUAUGAUUCGAAAGAGAGGACAUUCAAAAUUUUCAAUCUUAAUGGGGUUGGAUCCGUCUGCAGAUCUGCUCUGCUCAAGCCUAGCCUUGUUCCUCUGAUGGACGCCCUGAACAUUGACGAUGGCGAUGAGCAGAAUUUCGAGUAGAAAAAGAAGCAUCCAGGUUGCGUGCUCGUGGUUUAGAUCUUCCGCCUGAAAGCAUUUGCCUAAUCUCGAACGCACAUCCAGUAUCACUCUCUUCGAUUUCAGACCUAUGUUCUUCAAUUCAGUACUGUUUUAUUUUGAUGAUGUUGUUUCUGCGGUGAUGUACUGCUUCUUAAGUUACAUUUUUAGUAUUCUGUUUUUCAAAAUAAGUAGUGUGGUUAUGUAAUGUCAAAUGUGGAUUGUUAGAUCCUUCUUAUUGCAAUUUGCUUUGAAUAAAUGAAAUAUGAAUUGGUUGAAAAA